AUGCUUGGUAGACUACAGAGUAAUGGGGGUGCGCUGGUUGGCAGGGUUGUUAAUAUGACGACGAAAGCUGUCAACGUUUCGUUGUACUACGGGAAGGUCGGAGCGGAGUUAUCGAAGCAGGUGUAUUUGAAGGAGAAGUUGCAGCCGCCGAGUUGGGCCGACUUUCAGAGUGUAUAUUUGAAGCUGUACCAGAGCUCGUUGCGGCUAGCGAACAGCCCCAAGGCGGCGAUCGACUGUCUGUCGCAGAUCCCAAAGAACGAUUUGAUAAAGUAUGGCUCCAUUGGUGUCCAGUUGGUUGGGUUUUACUCCGUCGGGGAGGUCAUUGGCAGGAGGAAGCUGGUUGGGUACAGAACGUACAAUGAGCCAGCUGGAAAGGCGGAGCAUUGA